AGUAACACUUCCGGUUAUGGUGGCUUCUUAACUGACAGCCGGGCGCUUAAGGAAAGAAGCUACUUUCUACGGUUUUAGACGGCUUUUCCGACCACAGCCUCGGUGUAUUUUUUUUGUCGGAAACUACCCGUCAAAGGCGGAGUGCCGGUGGGUGUGUUAAAUCCAGCCGGCGGAAGGGAGCCCUCCUAUAAGCGAAUAAGGCUCGUCGUGCGUGGCCACUGGUAAGCUAGCAGAGAGGAGGGUGGGGACAAAACUUCCCGAGACCUCGCCCCAGCCGUUGUUUCACUCCACGGCAUUCAGGCAGCUACGUUCCGGUCCGGGCCAGAGAGAGAGAGAGAGAGAGAGACCCCCUCAGAGCUUCAUUAGGCAACCAUUCCAAGGGGAGACCGACACGGCGGCAGAAACCGAAGGGUAGAAAGCAGCAACCAUGUUCAGGAAGACCUUGAAGAAGGACCCCGAGCUGUUCCAGAACGUGUCGGAAGGGCUGCGGAAGCUCUACCGCACCAAGCUGUUCCCCCUGGAGGACGCCUAUCGGUUCCACGACUUCCACUCCCCGGCGCUGGAAGAUGCCGACUUCGACAACAAGCCCAUGGUGCUCCUGGUGGGCCAGUACUCCACCGGCAAGACCACCUUCAUCCGGCACCUCAUGGAGCAGGACUUCCCCGGCAUGCGCAUUGGCCCCGAGCCCACCACGGACUCUUUCAUCGCGGUGAUGCACGGCGAGCAGGACGGGGUGAUCCCGGGGAAUGCCCUGGUGGUGGACCCCAAGAAGCCUUUCCGGAAACUCAACGCCUUUGGAAACGCCUUUCUCAACAGAUUCAUGUGUGCCCAGAUGCCCAAUCCUGUCCUGGAAAGCAUCAGCAUCAUUGAUACUCCUGGAAUCCUGUCUGGAGAAAAACAGAGGAUAAGCAGAGGUUAUGACUUCGCCGCAGUGCUGGAGUGGUUCGCCGAGCGCGUGGACCGCAUCAUCCUCCUGUUCGACGCCCACAAGCUGGACAUCUCCGACGAGUUCUCCGAGGUGAUCCGGGCGCUGAAGAACCACGAGGACAAGAUGCGCGUGGUUCUGAACAAGGCGGACCAGAUCAGCACCCAGCAGCUGAUGAGGGUCUACGGAGCGCUGAUGUGGUCCCUGGGAAAGAUCAUCAACACACCCGAGGUGGUACGUGUGUACAUCGGGUCAUUCUGGGCUCAGCCACUCCUGGUCCCUGAUAACAGGAAGCUGUUUGAGGCGGAGGAGCAGGACCUGUUCUUGGACAUCCAGUCUCUGCCACGCAACGCUGCCCUGCGCAAACUCAAUGACCUCAUCAAACGGGCGCGCCUCGCUAAGGUUCAAGCCUACAUCAUCAGCUCCCUGAAGAAGGAGAUGCCCAGUGUGUUCGGGAAGGAGUCCAAGAAGAAGGAGCUGAUCGCCAACCUGGGGGAGAUCUACCAAAAAAUCGAGAAGGAGCACCAGAUCUCACCUGGAGACUUCCCCAAACUUGAAAAGAUGCAGGAGCUGCUCAACGGUCAGGACUUCACCAAAUUUGCGUCGCUGAAGCCCAAGCUGCUGGAGGCGGUGGAGGACAUGCUCGCCAAUGACAUCGCCCGACUCAUGGCGAUGGUGCGCCAGGAGGAAUCCGCCAUGCCGAGCCAGACGGUCAAGGGCGGCGCCUUCGAGGGAACCAUGAGCGGCCCCUUCGGCCACGGCUACGGCGAGGGCGCCAGCGAAGGCAUCGACGAGCUGGAGUGGGUGGUGGGCCGCGACAAGCCCUCGUACGACGAGAUCUUCUACACCCUCUCCCCCAUCAACGGCAAAGUGUCCGGCGCCGCUGCCAAGAAGGAGAUGCUGAAGUCCAAGCUGCCCAACACGGUGCUGGGGAAGAUCUGGAAGCUGGCCGACGUGGAUAAAGACGGCUACCUGGACGACGAGGAGUUCGCUCUGGCCAACCACCUGAUCAAGGUGAAGCUGGAGGGCCACGAGCUGCCGGCGGCGCUGCCCGAGCACCUGGUGCCCCCGUCCAAACGCGGGACUGCGCUGGAAGCUUAGGGCUGUCUGGGGCGGAGAGAUCGGGGCGCAUCAACACUCAUGUUCAGGACUCUCAGUGCCAAAAGUUCAACCGCGAGCAUGAACAGCUUUGUCCUCCAUCACGCUGCGAGUCCCAUCAGGCCUCCUGACUGCCGGGACGAGGCAGCGCUGCCAUGUUCUCCACCAGAGAGAGACUGGAGUGUUCCUGAGGGGGAGGGGAGGGGAGGGUCUGUCUUUGUUCAGGGGGGGAGAUAAUAAUAAAUAAUAAAUGCAUUUAUAGGUAGGGAGGAGAAAAAGGGGAGAAGUUUGUUUGUUCUGGAAGACGGUGACACGACAGAACGGGUUCAUGGAGCCUGAACGUGGAUGUAUGGAUCCCGUGUAAACAUGUCGUAUAAGUAAACAGUCAUUAUUAUAAUAAGUUGAUCCAAAGAUAUAUAGUUUUUUGUUUUUUUCCAUUUUUGGGAGAGAGAGAGGACGAGGAAAUGAAUUCAAACAGCUGUUAGAAUUACUUUAUAUUUUUGUAUUUCCUGACUGUAACUUUGACACUUUCCAAACGCUUCCCUUUUUUUGUCAUUUUGCCAGAUGAGUGAAAAGGAGUUCUGUACUGUGAGACUCGUGCUUUCCGAAGACACACGUUCUGAUCGAACGGCGUGUCGGACGAAGGUCUUAUUCAAAGCCUUUAAAGCUAAGAAAGUUAUGAAAGAAUAAAUAUUUGCUGAAUAAACUUG